CGACGGAAGAUAGUCGAGCAAUCACUUGUGACCGCGGUCGCGUUCGCUCCUUUGUCGCACUCCACGCUUUCCACCCCGCAGCCCUUGGCAGCUCUCUCAACAACGCUGUUCCCGCACUGCGACCACUUAGGCACCGUAGCAAUUGACAGUGUGCCGGAGACGAACAUUUACGAACAUGCCUCUGCGAACGGGAUUGAACAUCAUCAUUCGGCGCUGGGCUUGCAGCUCGCCUAAGCCAACCAUACAGCGACGAUUCGUUUCUAACGGACCGUUCGUAGUGUCCGACGAAGUGUCGGCUGCGCUGCACGAUGGCCGUGCCAUUGUGGCACUGGAGACAAGCAUCAUGACCCAUGGAAUGCCCUACCCGGAAAAUAUCAGUACGCAGAAAGAGCUAGAAGCGAUCGUUCGAGGCCGUGGUGCUGUCCCGGCCUCGGUGGGCGUUCAUGCUGGGAUUCUUCAUGUGGGUUUGGACAUGAACAGCCUAGAACAUUUGGCACAAGUGGGUAAUGGGGCAGCAAAAAUAUCACGACGGGACCUACCUGCUGCGCUGUCGAAGGGACUCUCCGGGGGAACAACCGUGUCCGCAACCAUGGUGGCGUGCAACCGGGCCGGCAUUCAGGUGUUCGCCACGGGAGGCAUCGGAGGAGUGCACAGGGGCGGAGAAUCUACUUUGGACAUAAGCCCGGAUGUCAUGGAACUUGGUCGCAGCCCUGUCACUGUCGUGUCGUCCGGCAUCAAGUCAAUCCUGGACAUUGGCCGCACUCUUGAAGUUCUGGAGACCGAAGGCGUUUGCGUGGCAGCCUUCGGAGAGAGCCAGGAGUUCCCGGCUUUCUUCGCCGUCCGCAGCGGGCACCAGGCUCCGUGGCGCGUUGCUGACGCCGCCGAGGCUGCUUCCCUUAUCGAAAGCCGAAACGCACUUCACUUAGACAGCGGUGUGCUGAUUGCGGUGCCCAUUCAGAAGGAAUUCGAAGUGGAUGGAAAUGUGAUCGAAGAGGCAAUUCAGCUAGCGCUCAGGGAAGCAGAGGCAGCCGACUUGACGGGUAACGCCGUGACGCCGUUCGUCCUGCAGAAACUGACGGAGAUGACUGCGGGUGCCACUCUGCGAGCCAACGUCGCUUUGGUCAGAAACAACGCGGGCGUUGCUGCGGACAUUGCCAGCGCUCUUUCCAAGAUUGAACGAGAGGACAAGCAACGCAGCCUGUUUCGUCCAUCGAUACCGCGACAGCCAUCCCCACCGGUAGUGAUUGGAGGAUCUGUAGCCGACAUCGUCGUCAACUGCAUGGAGAACAUGCUUCAGGUGAGGGCUGUUCCAGCUUUUAUUAGUGUCUGA